GCGCAGUUCGGACAUCUGCACUCCUCCGUCCAGUUACAGGCGGUCCUGCCCCCGUGGCCGCCCGGGGCCGCCCAAGCCCUCCGGGACGGAGAGAAUAGGGGACGCGUUGCGCAAGGUGGAGGCAGACACCUGGGCGGGCGCUAGGACCCGGGCGGCGCACCUGUUGGCUGGGCCCGGGGCCCCGCCCGCCCGGCCUCCGCCCCGAGUGCGGGACCGGCGGGGGCGAGGCGGGAGUGGCGGUGCCUGCGGAGGGCACCGGCCCGGCGUGGCAGCGGCGGCGGAGUGCGGCCCCGGGCACACCAUGGCCGAGCUGCUGCGGAGCCUGCAGGAUUCCCAGCUCGUCGCCCGCUUCCAGCGCCGCUGCGGGCUCUUCCCCGCUCCGGAUGAAGGCCCCCGGGAGAACGGCGCGGACCCCACGGAGCGCGCGGCGCGAGUCCCCGGGGUCGAGCAUCUCCCCGCAGCCAACGGCAAGGGCGGCGAGGCCCCGGCCAACGGGCUGCGCAGAGCCGCGGCGCCGGAGGCUUAUGUACAGAAGUACGUUGUGAAGAAUUAUUUCUACUAUUACCUAUUCCAAUUUUCAGCUGCUUUGGGCCAAGAAGUGUUCUACAUCACGUUUCUUCCAUUCACUCACUGGAAUAUUGACCCUUAUUUAUCCAGAAGAUUGAUUAUCAUAUGGGUUUUGGUGAUGUAUAUUGGCCAAGUGGCCAAGGAUAUCUUGAAGUGGCCCCGUCCCUCCUCCCCUCCAGUUGUGAAACUGGAAAAGAGACUGAUUGCUGAAUAUGGAAUGCCGUCCACCCACGCCAUGGCGGCCACCGCCAUUGCCUUCACCCUCCUUAUCUCUACUGUGGACAGAUACCAGUAUCCAUUUGUGUUGGGACUGGUGAUGGCCGUGGUGUUUUCCACCUUGGUGUGUCUCAGCAGGCUCUACACUGGGAUGCAUACGGUCCUGGAUGUGCUGGGUGGCGUCCUGAUCACCGCACUCCUCAUCGUCCUCACCUACCCUGCCUGGACCUUCAUUGACUGCCUGGACUCGGCCAGCCCCCUCUUCCCCGUGUGUGUCAUAGUUGUGCCAUUCUUCCUGUGUUACAAUUACCCUGUUUCUGAUUACUACAGCCCAACCCGGGCGGACACCACCACCAUUCUGGCUGCCGGGGCUGGAGUGACCAUAGGAUUCUGGAUCAACCAUUUCUUCCAGCUUGUAUCCAAGCCCGCUGAAUCUCUCCCUGUUAUUCAGAACAUCCCACCGCUCACCACCUACAUGUUAGUUUUGGGUCUGACCAAAUUUGCAGUGGGAAUUGUGUUGAUCCUCUUGGUUCGUCAGCUUGUACAAAAUCUCUCACUGCAAGUAUUAUACUCAUGGUUCAAGGUGGUCACCAGGAACAAGGAGGCCAGGCGGAGACUGGAGAUUGAAGUGCCUUACAAGUUUGUUACCUACACAUCUGUUGGCAUCUGCGCUACAACCUUUGUGCCCAUGCUUCACAGGUUUCUGGGAUUACCCUGAGUCUCAAACAGUUGGAAACUAGCCCACUGGACAUGAAAGCCAAGACAUAGGAAAAUUAUUGGUAGGCAAAUCUUGACAACUUAUUUUUCUUUAACAACAAAAAAAGUCAUACGGCUGUCUUGCUACUACCAGAUAAAUGAUGCUGCCGUGUGAAAGGAAAAACUGUCUCAUAGCGGUCAUUAGUCUGUAGUGGUUAUGCUACAGUUGAACCCAGGCUAAAAACCGUAAUCCGGAUCUUUAAAGGCACACCCCCACCCCGGCCCCUGCUCCUCUUUCUGUUGCAUGGACUUUGGACCUAGUCAUGGGCUGGCAGGAAUUGUGGCCUGGCUUAGGAAUAGCUAUGAGCCCCACUGGGUUCUGGAGAGCCAGUAGAGAUGGGGUGAUCUGGGAGGCUGGAGGUAGAGCCUUUCUUUUCCGUUACAACCUUGCCUAGCAUGGAGUCUUAUUUCUAAAAUGGGAACUUUGGUCUAGGAGAAGGGGUGGCGCCAUAUGAAACUGCAUUCCUUGGACAGGGUGACUUCCUUAUCGUUUAUUUGGUGUUUUUUUGUUUUGUUUUGUUUGAGACAGGAUCUUGCUCUGUUUCCCAGGCUGUAUUACAGUGGCACAAUCUCAGCUCACUGCAAACUCUGCCUCCCGGGCUCAAGCAAUCCUCCUGCCUGAGCCAACUGAGUAGCUGGGACUGUAAGCAUAGACCACCAUGCCCAGCUAAUUUUUGUAGAGACAGGGUUUCUCCAUGUUGCCCAGGUACGUCUGAAACUCCUGGGCUUAAGUGAUCCACCCACCUCAGCCUCCCAAAGUGCUGGGAUUAUAGGCAUGAGCCACUGUGCCCGGCCUCCUCCUUGUUAUGAUCAAAUUAGACUGUGCCUGGUUGGGUGGUAAGAUCACUCUGAAAGAAAGCUCACUGUGAAGAGAUGAAAGGUGGAGGCAGAGCUGUGAGGUCAUGGGGAAAAGCCUGCUUUCCUUAUAAGUCCUGCUGUUCAUGUUGGAAUAAGGAUCUGCUCUUCCUUGUUUCCAUGCAUUUUGCAGGAUUCCAGGUACCAUUACCACACUCUUCUGACCCAUGAAACCAACUGGCUGCUCACACAUCACCAAACAGGUUGGGGGUUAGCCUUCAGCACAGGUGGAUACAUCUGGGAUUCACUGAGAGUCCUGCCCUCUCCUGCUUCCUAGUGGUUUGGGACAGGCCCUCUGCCCAUCGUCAGCAGUUUUUUGCUUUCAUACAAACCUGGAAGGCACUGGCAUCUGCCUAGGAAAGUGGAUCUGUGAAGAACAGAUGAACUCAAUCCUUUCUGGAGUCUGACAAAGAAGGGAGAGGCUUCCUUGACAUUGCCUGGUCCUGACAAGGCCUCCCUGACAUUACUCCUCCAAUUUCACAGUUACCUUCUGUAAAUCUAUUUUCUCAUCUACUGAAUAGAAUCAGGCGCCCUUUUUGUCUUCCCACCUCUUAUCUCUCGGCAAUUUUAAGGGGAAUUAAUGCAAGAACAACUUUAGUGUCUCUUGGGAAAACAAGCCAACCAAAUACAAAACCCAUUAAGCCUACUAGGGUGAGUCCUCUUAACAUGGGAAGGCGAUGAUUAUGCAAACACCAGAGUUCCCUCCUCUUCAGUUCCUAAGAAUAAAGAACAGGUAUCAAGAACUUUCUUUAAAGUUAGUGUAACUAUAGUUAACAAAGUAUCCAUUGAAGUUUAGUGCCUGUAGGACUGAGCCAGUGCUUUAUCAACCCAACACAUCAUCACCAUGUGCAUACUCUGGAAAAAAAAAAUAGCUCCCUUAAAAGUUACAGAGGCUCUUAACGUGUUAAAACCGAAAAAUCACAUUUUUCUUGAUUUCAAAUAUGUUCUACGGCCUUACUGUUGGGAUGAUAUUUAGUAUGUAACUUAGCAUUCCAAUUUCUCAAGAAUUUUUAGGCCGGGUGUGGUGGCUCAUGCCUGUAACCCCAGCACUUUGGGAGGCCGAGGUGGGCGGAUCACGAGGUCAGGAGAUCGAGACCAUCCUGGCUAAUACGGUACCCCGUCUCUACUGAAAAUACAAAAAAAUUAGCCGGACGUGGUGGAGGGCGCCUGUAGUCCCAGCUACUCAGGAGGCUGAGGCAGGAGAAUGGCGUGAACCUGGUGAGCGGAGCUUGCGGUGAGCGGAGCUUGCAGUGAGCCGAGAUUGCGCCACUGCACUCCAGCCUGGGCGACAGAGCGAGACUCUGUCUCAAAAAAAAAAAAAAAAUUUUUAGCAAAACAUCCUGUUUUUACUUAAAAUUCUUCUCAUAUUUAUUAUAGUUAGAAGGCAAAGAUGAUCAAGAUGACCUGCCGUUUGACUGCUUUUACAUCAAACUCUGCCCAGUAUUUGCAGCACAACUCAGGGGAAGGGCCUUAGCUUACAGGUACUCCCAGCCUUCAUCUGCCCCUGCAGAGCAGUGGCAGUCAGCUGGAUGCGGCACUUUUCUGUAUUUUCAUCCACACAGCUGCCCAGCCAGAGUUCGCAACACUGGAUAUUUACACCAAAUAAUUGUGGUUGACUUGUCUGAAGCCAACUGACAAAAGGAUCAGCUUUUCCCACUUGUAUUUUUUAAAAAGAGGGAUUGUGAUCAUUGUCACAGAGUGGGUGCUGGCCUCUCAUAUAUAUGAUAUAUAUAUAUAUAUCAUUUUAUAUAUAUAUAUAUAAUAUACAUAAUUUUUACUGCUGUCUCUAGUUUUAAGUCCCAACAAUAGGAAGGCCGAUCAGCUAUACUGAUAUAUUUAAGGCUGUACUUAACUAAUUUGGGUUGAGGAUGAAUAUAUCAGCCACAGCACAUUAAAGAAUGAGCCAAGGAUUUGUCAUGGUUGGUCACUUUUUAAAGUAUUUGAUUACUGCAACUGGAGAAUGAAAAGUGUAUAUUGGUGACGCCAACCUCAGUUUUUGAGCACUCCUGCUCUGUGGUGAGAAUCAGACAAAAAUUCAUCGGGGUGAAAAAAAAAGGCAUUACCUGAUUCACACCCUUGUCUUGCUAGCCCUCUUCCAUUCAUUUCUCACAAAGCACUUUGCUCUGUUAAAUCCUCUCUCAGUCUCACACCAUUGCCUGCCCCUUCAAAGGGUAUGGUUCAGGCUCCUUUCAAGACAUUUGGAGUUUCUCUCUGGGGAAAGAGCACCCCCUACUGGUUUGGCUUCAGUCUAGGUCCACCGUCCCUCUCGAUCUGGCAUCUUGGAGAUUAAUUUAAAAGGCAAGCUCACCACAAUGUAAGCCUAUGGUCUGGCCAACCUUGCUUUUGGGAACUGUGACACCAAAGCCCCCAGGACUAUCUGCCUCUCCAGGAGCCAGAUAGAAUGACAUGCCUUUUUCCUAAUUGUCCACAUUCCACCCCCAACCCACUGCCACUGUGGGCCAAGCCAUCCGUCUUGCAGUCUUCAUCUAAAACAGCUCUAAUUUCAUGCCAGUUGUGCUCAAACCUGCACCGUCACAAGAUAUUCAGAAGAUGAAAACGUAGAAGACACCCCUGAAUUAAAAACACUUACAUAGCAGUGGCUGGAAUUACUCCAAAACGUGCCCAGUGCUCACACUGUAACAUGGGAUUUUCUCACCCAAAUAGGCAACUCAUGCUUCCUGAGUGUAAUCAAAGCAUGUGGUGUUUUGGGGCCAUAUGCACCAGGUUUCUAUUUUAGAAACCUUCAGCUGUCUUGCUUAUGUACCGUAUGUAAAUUUAUUCUUUUUAAAAAUCACUUUGAUUUUGACUUAUUAAAUGCUUUAAAAGCCA